CUCCACUACGUGAUCUUGGGGGAGUCGAUCCACGAGAACACACACUGUACAAUCAACGUCACCAACCGCAUUGUUUUUGCUUUAUGAUUCAUGCUAGUAACAUCAUCAUCAUGAUUUACACAUUUUUUUUUAACAUGAACGAGGGCCAACGCAGGAAUGAUAUAGUUUAUUUCUUUUUUUUCUUACGGUUUUUUUUUUGCAAUUGUAUGAAGCUCAAUAUCGCAAAUCCCGCGACUGGUUGCCAAAAGCUGAUUGAGGUAACAGAUGAGCACCGCCUAUCUGACUUUAUGGACAAGCGCAUGUCGACCGUCGUGGCAGGGGACCGUCUAGGCGAUGAGUUCAAAGGUUACCUUUUUCGCAUCAGCGGUGGAAAUGACAAACAAGGAUUCCCAAUGAAACAGGGCGUUUUAACUCAAAAUCGAGUUCGUUUGUUGUUAUCUCAAGGCGACUCGUGUUACAGACCCAGAAGGGAUGGUGAGCGCAAACGAAAAUCAGUGAGAGGCUGCGUUACCUCGCCUGACCUCUCGGUUAUGUCUCUGGUCAUAGUCAAGCAGGGCCCCCAGGACAUUCCAGGUCUGACUGACAACUCUAUCCCUAAUCGAUUGGGUCCUAAACGAGCAAACCACAUUCGGAAAUUCUUCAACCUUGGCAAGGCAGAUGACGUACGGAAAUAUGUGAUUCGUCGAACCGUUUAUCCCAAGAAAGAAGGGGAAAAGCCCUAUACGAAGGCUCCUAAAAUCCAACGACUGAUCACUCCGCGACGUUUGCAACGCAAAAGAAGAAUGCAGGCUCUGAAGAAGCAACGAGUUGAAAAGUCAAAGCAGGAAGAAGCGGACUACUUGGCCCUGAUUCAUAAGAGACUUGCUGAGAAGAAACUAAAGCAUCGACAGGACGUUAAGCGUCGUCACAGCUCGUCUACUCUUCAAGUAUCUCAGAAGCCAGAUGGAACGAACCAAAUUGCCGUUUCAGAACUACUGGAAAAGGAUUCCAAGAAGGGAAGAGCCUAGAAAAUGAGAUUUUUUCGGCCGAACAAUUGGGCAGACAG